GUUAUCAUUGAAACUGACCCAGCCAUGAACAUGAUGAUAUAUUGCAUAACGUUCAUCAAUCCCUUGGACGUUGCAGCACUCAUCACUUUAAUCAUGGCUCCCUCCCCUUCCAUUUCCACUGCGGUUCUCGCAUGGGCUCUCUCUCUCAUGUUCUAUGGAACCUAUUUAGAUACGACGAUCGACUUUGUGGCAGCAACAUCAUCUGGAUCAUCAUCUUCAGCACUAGAACUCGAAGCCAAGACUCUGCGGGAGAGUAGAUGGUGGCAAAGUGACAACGCCAGUAUUCAUUCCUCGAGUCCUUGCGAGUGGUCUGGCAUCACUUGCAAUCUUGGUGGAAGUGUCACAGAGAUCGACUUAGGCGGUGCCAGUUUGGGAAGUACGUUGAAAUUCAACUUUUCUUCCUUGAAAAAUUUAGUCCGUCUUGUUCUGAGAGAAGCUAAUCUUCAGGGAGGAUCCCACCGGAGAUUGGUAAUUUAUCCAAACUCGAAUACCUUGAUCUGUCCUACAAUAAUCUCACGGGUGAGUUUCCUCAUUCACUCAGAAACCUCACUCAUUUAGAAUCGUUGGAUAUUUCUAAGAAUCGAAUCAGUGGUUGCAUCCCACCCUUGUUAGGCGAUCUUUUGAAACUCACCUACCUUGAUCUAUCCGGUAAUUAUCUCAGCGAUGAGUUGCCCCUUUCACUCGGAAACCUCACACAUUUAGAAUGGCUGGAUAUUUCUUCAAACAGAAUUGCUGGUUUCAUCCCACCUGUGUUAGGUACUACUCUAUCUAAGCUCACCCACCUUGGUCUAUCCUCCAAUAAACUCAUUGGCGAGUUUCCUCUUUCAAUUACAAACCUCACUCGAUUAGGAACAUUGGAUAUUUCUUCAAAUCAAAUCACUGGUUUUGUCCCCAAAAGCUUAGGAAAUCUGACGAAUCUCUAUGUAUUACUUUUGACCGAAAACUUUUUCACUGGACCAAUCCCCUCAUCUCUUGUCCUUUUAACCAAUCUCACCCAUCUACACAUGUCUGGAAACCAGCUGAAUGGCUCCAUACCAGAAGAAUUGGGAAAUCUGAGGAAGCUCGUUGAAUUAGAUCUGAGGGAAAACAAUUUCACCGGACCAAUCCCUUCUUCUCUUUCACUUUUGACCAGUCUCACCCUUCUGGUUUUGUCUGAAAACCAGCUCAAUGGCUCCAUACCCGAAGAACUAGGAAAUCUGAGCAGUCUCUUCAAAUUAUAUCUAGAUGGAAACAAGCUCUCUGGACCAAUCCCUUCUCUUUCGCUUUUAACCAAUCUCGCGUACCUGAAUAUGUCUUCUAAUCAAAUCAGCGGUUAUAUACCGUCAGAAAUGGGGCUUCUGGAGAACCUGAUGAGUUUAGACCUUGGUAAUAACAUGCUUAAUGGUCCAAUCCCUUCCAAUCUGUGUCGUUUAACUCUUUUGCAAGGUUUGACCCUCCAGAACAACAGACUUCAUGGUCAAAUCCCUUCGGCUAUCGGCGAUUUAACUAAUUUGUACAUCUUGUCACUUGGUGAGAAUCAAAUCAAUGGUUCUAUCCCAGUAGAAAUAGGGAAUCUGAACAAGCUCACACAUCUUGCUCUUGAAGAUAACAAUCUUAUGGGUUCAAUUCCCACAGUUGUAGAAAGAUUCCUUGUCUUGGAGGAACUGUUAUUGAGCAACAACUACUUAACUGGAAGCAUUCCCGAUCACAUCAGUCACCUUUAUGCGCUACAUACUAUUAAUCUUAGUCAUAACUAUCUUAGCGGAAAUAUCCCUCUUGAGCUUGGGAGUCUAGCAUUAAAGUUUUUGGAUCUCAGCUACAAUAAUCUUACUGGCAAAAUUCCCCAAUCUAUCAGUAGUACUAGAGAUGUCAACUUGUCCUACAAUUCUUUGGAGGGUCCAAUUCCAGACAGUUACCGGAAUCGUAGGCCUGAUAUUCUUAUUGGCAACAAGGAUCUAUGCGGUGACUUCAUGGAUUUCCCUCCUUGCUUUUCAGCUCCUCCAGCCAGCCACAAUUAUUCUAUUGAUUCCAAAAAUCAAUCAUUUCUGGCCAAAAUUAAAAUUUUUGUCCCCAUCUCCAUCUUCCUUGUUUUCUUAUUUAUUGGGGUUUCAAUCCUUUGUCGACUCAAGGUUAAGAAAACCGAAUCUAAUUCAAGGGAAACAAGGAAUGGUGAUCUAUUCUCGAUAUGGAAUUACGAUGGACACAUUGCAUAUGAUGACAUCGUUGAAGCAACCGAAGAUUUUGAUAUUAAAUAUUGCAUUGGAACAGGUGGUUUUGGUAGCGUUUACGAAGUCAAACUACCUAGUGGUAAAGUGGUUGCUUUAAAAAAACUACAUCGGUUAGAGGCGGAGAACCAAAGUUUUAUAGAAAGUUUCAAAAAUGAAGUUAAGGUGUUGACAAAUAUCCGACAUCGAAACAUUGUAAAACUUCAUGGAUUUUGUUUCCAUAAGUUAAGUAUGUUUUUGGUUUAUGAAUACAUGGAAAGGGGAAGCCUAUUUUGUGUCCUAAGAAACGAUGUCGAAGCUGUGGAAUUGAAUUGGGACAAGAGGGUGAACAUCAUCAAAUGCACAGCACAUGCCUUAUCUUACUUGCAUCAUGAAUGCAUACCAAUCAUUGUUCAUCGAGAUAUAUCAAGCAGCAAUAUCUUAUUGGACUCUAAGUUGGAGGCUUCUAUUUCAGACUUUGGCACUGCUAAACUCCUUGAUCCUGAUUCCUCCAAUCGAACAUUAGUUGCCGGCACUUAUGGCUAUAUUGCUCCAGAACUUGCUUAUACCAUGGUGGUUACUGAAAAAUGCGAUGUUUAUAGCUUUGGAGUAGUGGCCCUGGAAAUAUUAAUGGGAAGACAUCCAGGAGAACUCUUGACUUUAUUAUCAUCUCAAAAUGUGAUGUUACAUGAAAUAUUGGACCAACGGCUACCAGCUCCAAAUCAUCGAGUUGCACAAGAUAUUUGCUUUGUUGCUUCAAUAGUACUUGCAUGCCUACGCACCAAACCAAAUUCUCGGCCUACAAUGAAACGUGUGUCCCAAGAUUUUGUUUCCGGCAGGAAGCCUUCAGAUAAGCCCCUACAUGCUGUUUCACUCUUGCAUCUGAUUGAAGACAGUGAAACUCAAUCAUGAAAUGCUUGUUGUAAGGUUGAGUGUGAUCUUCUUGUUCCAUGAACUUACAUGUUGGUGUGUGUGUGUGACAGUCUGUCUCUGUUUUUUAGUGUAUGUUAUGCAAUAUUCACAUAACAUAAGUUAUGAGAAAUUAU